AUUUUCCAGCCAAAGCAAAGGGAAGGAAGGUAUCGAGAUCCCACUUCCUUAUCCUUUGGAGCAUGUUAUCUUUUCUGUGUCUCUCCUGACACAUAAGAGAAAGAGCAUGGCAACCACACUCAGCCUCCUCAGACUCUCUAUUGUUUCCCAAAAAUCACACCAGACCCACUCAAAACUAGUAAAUCGCCCCAACCCAGUGAGAUCAGUCAUUUCCCAGCACUCACUUGACCCCCAGAGACUCCUCUCUGAGACCACCCACCGCCUAAAAUCAGCUGCUCUUCCCCUCACAGCACUCACAUUGCCCUUCCUUUUGGACUCCAAGGAUGCACUUGCUGUUGGUGGGGAGUUUGGGAUUUUGGAGGGUAGAACAUUGGCCCUGAUUCACCCCAUUGUGAUGGGUAGCUUGUUCUUCUACACCUUGUGGGCUGGGUAUUUGGGUUGGCAAUGGCGUCGAGUCAGGACAAUUCAGAAUGAGAUCAAUGAGCUCAAGAAACAAGUCAGGCCUGUUGCAGUCACACCGGAAGGAUCCCCACCUGCAGAAGCGCCACCGCCUUCGCCUAUUGAAGCCAAAAUCCAGCAACUCACUGAGGAGAGGAAGGAACUGAUUAAAGGGUCCUUCAGAGAUAGGCACUUCAAUGCAGGUUCAAUACUGCUAGGGUUCGGAGUUUUUGAAUCAAUUGGAGGAGGAGUCAACACAUGGUUCAGGACAGGAAAGCUAUUCCCAGGACCUCAUCUCUUUGCAGGAGCAGCUAUCACAGCAUUAUGGGCAGCUGCAGCAGCUCUUGUUCCUGCAAUGCAGAAAGGGAAUGAAACUGCCAGAAAUCUUCACAUUGCAUUGAAUGGGCUGAAUGUGCUGCUCUUCAUAUGGCAGAUCCCUACCGGAAUCGAUAUAGUAUUCAAAGUGUUUGAGUUUACUAAUUGGCCUUGAGGGACUGCCAUUCCAAAUGUGAGGUUCUUCACUUCAUCCUCAUCUCUUUUUAGGCCACUUUGUACUACUUAUAGCUUUGUAAGAUUGACUAUCUUUCAUCAAGUAUGGGAAAAUUACACUUAACAGUUUCUGAUAA